AUGCCCCGGUCCAACUCAUCAGUCGAUAGCCCAAAAAAGACCAAGCAGAAGAAAUUAACUGAUGAAGAGGUGCUGGUCUUGAAAUCCCACCUAGAAGAAUGGAAGGAAGCAGCUGCCAACGAUAGAAAAAAGAUUCUGAAGGCCGUCAUAAAAGAGGCCAAGGUGCAUGCCCCUGCUAUGGAUGACCGGUCAUUGAAGAACAGGAAAUAUACGUACUGGGACUGGUUAUAUAACCGGAGACCUGAAAAGACUCGAGAAAAGAAAGCCAACAAGUUCAGUCAGAAAUGGACUUCCCGGUCGGUCAUAGAACAACUGCACAAGGAGGAGAUCAUUGAAAAGACCGGAGUGAUGCCAGGAUCGAAGAAAUUUAUUGAAAGAUAUCAGACAACACUCACUGCAGUGGUGGCCAGUCUAUCUAAAGAGGAGCUGGAGGAGGCUCAGAACACUGCGAUUGAGUGGUCUGCCAAGGCUCCUCCUGCAGCUGUUCAGGCAGACUUUGCAAAGAAGAAAGCACCCGGUAUGAUGAAGGAUCUGGCAACAAAGUUGUGGAAGCAGGCCGGUAUGAGAAUUUUUAUAUUGUCAGCAUGGAAAACAGAGGAAGACGAAGUCCGGAUCAAUGGAAUUGACUUCAAUGAAAAGUUGGAGGGGAAUAGUUUUACCGAUACGAAGGACUGGAAGUCCAUGUUAUCGGAGUGGAAUGCCUAUGCUGGUGAAGAGUUUGACGUUGACCUGAAUAAUGAUGACAAUGAUAACGAAGAGGAGGUGAAGAAGAGCAGGAAGAAAGGUGGAAAGAAGGACAAUUAUCCUUUGGAGGUGGAUAGCUAUGGGCUGCUGGUCAUACCGGACGUCACAGAGCUUAACCUAGAGAGCAAAAAGCAUCUUAUAAGGACUUUCCUCACAAAGCACUACAGAUUGUGCAGCCAACAACCAAAGGCGUCUGUUCCUUGGGCCUCAGUCAGGAUGGCUCAGGGUGACUUUAUUGCAGCCAAGUUUUUACCUACCAGCUGGAGGCUCGACGAUCCGUCAAAGAUUCGGCUGGCUGAUGCUGACCGGCUGUUAGAGUUGUGGUGUCAAAGACAGAAGGACCAGGUUUGCCCAACCUUUGAAUUUAAAGGCUGGGAAGGCGAUGAUAAGACAAUGAGAGAACCGGCAGAGAUAAUCUCCGGCAAUGGUUCUGAUGCAAGACCCAGGGUUCCAGUGAAAAAGUCCACCGGAAGGCGCACCAGGGGGGUGGAACCGGUGUCUAGUAGUGAGGAUAAGGACAAGGAUGAUGAAGAUGAGGAGAAGGACGACGAUCACUAUCACGAUGACAACCUCCAAUCACCACCACCAAAGUCGAAAUCUAUCAACAAUCGCCCACCGGUCAAGAAAUCCAUACCUGUCCCACCACCACCUUCAAAGGCAAAAUGGGCCAAUAUGGUCCGCAGCACUAGUCCGGCGUCAGAGGAGGAAGAUACUCGCCUACCGGUCAAGAAAUCCAUACUGGUCCCACCACCUUCAAAGGCCAAACGGACCAAUACCAUCCGCAGGGCUAGUACAGCUUCAGAGGAGGAAGAUACUCGCCCACCAGUCAAGAAAUCCAUACCUGUCCCACAACCAACUUCAAAGGCCAAAUGGACCAAUACCGUCUGCAGCACGUGUCCGGCUUCAGAGGAGGAAGAUACUCGCCCACUGGUCAAGAGAUCCAUACCGGUCCUACCACCACCUAAAUCAAAAUCAUCCCAAAAGAGGGGUAGGGUUGCUCCCAUUCAAUCUGAUUUGGAGUCAGAUGGUCCGCCACCAGUCAAGAAAUCAAAGCUGACUGCAAGUGGAAGGGGACAGGCAGAAGACAAUACCAGCACUGGUUCUGCACAAUCAACUGGUAAUGAUGACAAUGAUCCUCUGCCUUCACAACAUCUUUCUAGAAGUCGUGCAUUUGGCCCUACAUCAGGUGUCUAUGCCAAGAAUAAAACUAACAAAGCACCGGUGCACAAACCAACACCCCCUGCCCCAAGAAGGGGCUCCGGCAAGAAAGCCAAAGCAUCUGAAGCACAGACAACCAAUCCAGAGCCAAAGCACUCUCAUAGAAGUACAAAGGCCUCUUAUAAAGCUCAGUAUAUGCAAUCGUAG